GCUUUAAGCUCAUUUAAAUAUUGGUUUAAUGUUUUUUUUUAUAUUUGCAUUAGGCAUUAAAAUAGUAUUUUCCAAAAUCUAAUUAUUGUUCAUCCCUAGAAUUUAAAACCUUGCAAUUUGGAAAGUGGUCGCUGUUAUCGGCUAAACAGGUCCUUACCUUUUUUUUUUAAAUUAUUUUAGGCAAGAAAUAAAUACAACAAACAUUUUUUUCAGCUAAAGAAUUGCCUGGAAACAUAAAAGGUCUAUUUGCAUACCUACAUUUUGGAAAAUUACUCAGGGAAUACAAUUCAGGAAAUAAUAUUAUAUGUAAUUACCUAAUACAUACAUAUUCCUGCUUUGGUGUAUGUACGCCAUUGAGAAAUGAUUUGGUACGUCCUGUGAAGUUCAAAAAGUUUAUAAUGGAUACAAACUUCGUUGACAUGGCAUACGAACGUUAUGGAAUACUAGUCCAAAAUGAACAAUAUGAUGAAGAUACAACAAAGACGGAUGACAUUCAAAAAGUUAAUGUCAACAAUGCCAUUUUUAUUCCGGAUGACAUUUCCAGAGGCGGUGAAAUUAAUUCACAAAGAAAUAAAAUUUUUGAUGCGUUCAUUCAGUCGGAAACUCAAUAUACUGAAAGCAUAAUAAAUACGAAUAUGCAUGGAAAACAAUUAUUGAAAGAAUCGGAGAACGUUUGUCCAUCUAAAAUAAAGAUGAGUGCCAAGAACUAUGUGACAAACUUUGAAAAGGCGGAAAACAGUUUUAAGAACAUUUGCUCUGAACAGCAGGAAAUUUCAAAGGAAUUGGUGAAUUGUCUUCAGGGCAAUGUAAGAGAAAUAAAAGAUUCUGAUAUUAGAGACCGCAUUACUGACGAUUCCGAAACAAUUGGGCUUAUAUCAUGUGGAAAGUCGAGACGCUGGGAACAAAAACUGGUUCAAAUUAAAACUAUGGAAGGGGAAUUUAGUGUAACUAUGUGGGCAUCUGGAACAUCUGAUGACGAGUACUCCGGGUCUGAGCAAAAUAUUGGCGAAACAGACUUUACAAAAGAAACGGAUAACACUUCUGAUGGCGCAAUGGUCAUUUCACAAAGCCAUGAAAACGUGUCAGACUUCGGGCAGGAGGAAACCCUCCUGCGGCAACAGAUGUUGUACAAUCAAGAAUUCCAAAUGCAGCAGUUUAACGUCUUUCCGUUAACAGGACAGUUACCAAAGGAUAAAAAGCUUCCUGAUCAAGCAAAGAAUCCUUCCAACAGAAACUUCACCAAAUCAACGUCCAGUUGUGACACUCAAUCUUUGCUAACAAAUUCCAUUGCGAAUGUGCAGUCUAUAGAUCGGUCUGGAGCGACUGCAAUUGAAAAUCAGAGAUUAUUAAAUAAUGAUAAUGAUUGUGACUCGCGUGCGGCAGGAACACUUCCUUUUGGUCUUGGUUUCCAAGGAAGUCUACAAACAGAUGGCUCGUCAACUCCACCCCAACUACCGUACAAUGAAACCCAAGGAGCUUCAGUCACUACCACUGAUCUGGAACUGAACAAUUCCCAGGACUUAGUGGCUUAUACAAACGAUAAAAAGAUAGCAUGCCCUCAUAAAGGAUGUCAUAAAAACUUCAGAGACUCGUCUGCAAUGCGCAAGCAUUUACAUACGCAUGGUCCUCGUGUGCACGUUUGUGCAGAGUGCGGAAAAGCUUUCGUAGAAAGUUCUAAACUAAAAAGACACCAGCUCGUUCACACAGGAGAAAAACCAUUUCAGUGUACCUUUGAAGGAUGUGGGAAACGUUUUUCACUCGAUUUUAACUUAAGGACGCACGUAAGAAUUCACACUGGAGACAGGCCGUUUGUGUGUCCCUUUGAUUCCUGCAACAAAAAGUUUGCUCAGUCCACAAAUUUAAAAUCACACAUAUUAACUCAUGCAAAAGCGAAGAGGAACACAAGUACUAUUCGACACAGUACUUGUUCGAACAACGAUUCAAAUAGUCCUAGUGAUGAAACAAACUCAAAAAAUUAUAUUAAGGUAGAAUUGCGAGAUAAUGUUUCAGUAAACAAUGUUCCCUUUAUAGUGUAUGCAGAUUAAAAAGUCUGUAUAUUUUUAAUCAAUAUAAAUAUAAUACAUAUUUUAUAAGAUUUAGUUAUGUAUGUAAAAAUCUUCCCCGUCGUAUACAUGAAUAAAAACAAAAGCGAAAUGAUUUUAAAUAUUUUGUCGUACAUCAAAAAAGUAUAAGAGUUUUGUAUAGUGCUUUUCACAACCUUAAGAAUCGUGUACAGAAAAUAUAGUUUAAUAAAUAUCUAUUACAAAUAUU